GCGUUGCGUUGUUGUGUACCUAUACGGCACGGCACGGCAACAACCAACCAGUUUGACGUGAAACGUGUUGUCGGGAGGUACUGUCGCGCGAUUUCGUGAAGUAACGUUCACAUUCUGACUGUUUAUAAACAAAAUUUUACUCGAAAUCUAUAUUGUAACAUAUGUCCAUGAAUAAAAUUCAAAACUUUCUUGUAAUAACCGAUUAAUUAGUGUAUUUAUUUGGAUUUGUACGUUUUAAUUCUGUGUGUAAUCUUGUGUCGGCGAGAAGUCAGCAUCGUUGAUUUUGUUGGACGGUGGUUGAAAAUGUGAUACAAAUGUUGUGGUGCAGGACUGAACCGAUGUUAAUUUGUUUAUAAUCUUGGAAAACGAGGACUCGAGCAAAAUCAUGAAGUGGCUUUUAGGAUUACUGUUUAUGCCGCUUUGCGUGGCCCAUUUGAAUGUUUACCUGAGUAGUGAAGAAGUAUGGAGAUUACUAGGUCUAACAGCGGAACUCUACUACGUGAGAGAUGGUCAGAUCAAUUACUACGCCCUGAACUUUGUGGUGCCUGUACCAGCCACCAUAGAGGAGUUGCAUUUCACGUGGCAGAGUCUCACUAGAAGACCGUUACCAUAUACGCUGCAUGUUGACGUAGUGUCGCAUUCAGAAGCCAUGCACACACCUUCUCCAAACAUUUCACGGGAAGGUUUCGUGCCUACGGAGCCACAGACAUGGCGGGUUGACCUGCCUUGUACCCAUAUGGUUGCCGCCGAAGUAGAUGUAACAAUAUCCCUCAACGUGUCCACUGGGUCCUCGUCCACUGUGCUACAUUUCCGAAGAAAGAAAAUCUGCCUUAAAGACUCCAGAAGACCUGCUGUGAGAGUUGACAGCGUUCCUCAUGCACCAACAUCAGCAGAUAUAUUCUACGCGGGAGCCGGUUGUGCUGGCGGCGUGCUUCUGCUAGCAGCUGUGGCUGCGGCGGCCUGUCGCGCUCGAGCGAGGAAGCUCCGUCGCGCUCGCAGUGACGAGCAAGAUGCCCACGCAUUUUUACCAGAUUCUUCCUGCAAGUCCGCCGCCAGUUAUACCAGCUACCGUCGCCCGACUUCUCUCCCGGCUGCUGCAGCAGAAGAGAGAGCGAGAGAUCUGCAGCAGAGGAUCGCUGAAUUGACGAUACAGAGGUGUCGUGUCAGACUACGCUCUGUCGCCAUGGAGGGAACCUUUGGAAGGGUUUACAGAGGAACUUAUGCAGAUGAGGAGGCAAGGGAGCAAGAAGUGCUCGUUAAAACUGUUGCUGAACAUGCAUCUCAAGUGCAGGUAUCAUUACUACUCCAAGAGGGCUGUAUGCUUUAUGGAUUGCACCACGAUCGAGUUUUGUCGGUUCUUGGAGUGAGCAUCGAGGACCAAACUGCCCCCUUCCUAUUGUAUCCUUGGAACGCCACCUGGAGAAACCUAAAGCAGUUCCUCUUGGCCUGCCGGGGAAUUGGUUUGGGUGGGGCCGCUGGAGGUGCCCCGCCCCCUCCAUUGACGACACAACACGUGGUCCGAAUGGCCCUUCAUGCCUUAGAUGGCUUGGCGUAUCUUCACUCACAGCACGUAUUACAUAAAGACAUAGCUGCGAGAAAUUGCAUAGUGGACGAGAACCUCAGAGUGAUGAUCGCAGACAAUGCGUUAUCGAGGGAUCUUUUCCCAGCGGAUUACCACUGCCUUGGGGACAACGAGAAUCGGCCAAUCAAAUGGCUGGCCUUGGAGUCGCUGACGAAGAGGCAGUUCAGCCCAGCGGCGGACGUGUGGGCUCUCGGAGUGUUGCUGUGGGAGCUGACGACGCUUGCACAUCAGCCAUACGCGGAAGUGGACCCGUUCGAAGUCGCCGCUUACUUGCGGGACGGGUACAGAUUGCAGCAGCCCGCGAACUGCCCUGAUGAAUUAUUUGCCGUGAUGGCGUACUGCUGGGCGAUGUCGCCGGACGACCGGCCAACGCUGCCGCAACUCCAGAUAUUCCUACGGGACUUCCACACGCAACUCACCAGAUUCGUCUAAACCAUUCCCAAGGAACCCUAAAAGACAACCCAAAGACGACAAUAAAAGUGAACAGCUGAAUGAGGCCUUAUUGUGAACGAAAGUGUAGUGACGUGAACGUUUGCCGAUUUCGUAGUGUUGUUCCACAAGAGACUGAUUUUUAUAAAGUGUUUAUCGAUAUGUAUUGUAUGUAUUGUAGAGAUUUAUUUCGACUGAGGCACACACUUUGUGUUUUUUUGUUGGUCACGUUUUCUACAAAUGUUGUUAUGAUUAUUUAUCAAUUUUGUUUGCAUAAGCAUACAAGUGUGACCCAUUGAUGGCUAUUAUAUGUAUUAAUUAAACUAUAUAUAGCAAGUGGGCAACUAAGACCUUUUAUUAAAAUUAUUAUGUAUCGAUAAUAUCCCAUUUAGAGUAAGAUUUUAAUUUGUAUUUAAGUAUAACCCUACUUAUAUAGCUGUUUUCAUUUGGAAAGACCACAGUGUACAGUCAACAGCAUAUCAACCUACCCAAAUACAUUACAAUUACGCCCAUAUUACCAUUGCACACAGUUAUUUGCAGGGUGAUUUGACAUAUGGUUGACUGUACAACUCAUCAUGUUAUGAUAUCAAUACUGGAAUCGUGUUAUUCUACAUAUUUAAAUUAUUGUUAUAAUUUCUAACAUGACAAUCGGUCAUAAUAUUAUGAAUAACAAACUAAAAAAAUAAUCACGAAAUGAUAAUUAAAUAAAGAUAAGUAAAAAAAAAGCAUGUUAAUACUAAUGCAUAUUAAAUUAAUAUUUAUCAAAACAACAAUGCUACAAUUUUCACACGAAAAAAAUAAAGUGUGUGCCUAAAGUUUCCUUGUAAAUUGUUCAUACCUCAGUACUGCCAUAUUAGAGUAAGAUGUAUAUAUAAUAAUGUAUUAUAUAAUACGUAUUUGAAUGUGCCUCGGAUUUUAUGAAAGAUUUAGAUGUUUAUAUGUGUUUCAUUAUAAUUAGUUAUAUGGUAUAAGACUGUUCUAUCUUCAAUAUAUUAUGUGCAAAAAAUUUUCGAUUGGAAAAUAAUCCAAUUCUUCAUUUUAUUUUUAUGACAAAGAAACUAAAUUUCAAACCUUUUUUUUAUUGCAAUGUUUGCAACACAAUAAAUUAGUAAACUGUAAUUCUUAUUUUUAUUUAAACUUAUUUGUUUUUUGUACAUAGUCGACACAGUGUGGAGCUGGCAUUACAAUUACUUCACUUACGAACAAGUUAGUAAAUUUGUGAGUAAUGAUUCACAUAAUUCUCAAAACUUUUAUGUUUAUUUCAAAUAGCUAAGUAGUUGCAAGUACAGUGAUUAAUUUUGUUAUAUUCAGAAAGAUCUCUAGUAUUUUUACUUCAUUUGUAAUGUAUAGAUAUUGAACCGAUUUUGUAACUUGUACAUUUGUAAAUAAGACGAAAAUGUGAAUAUACGAGUGGUAAUAUUGACACAA